CACUAGUCUCACAGAGGUGUAUCCUUCCUUUCUGACUUGAAAUCUUUGUCGGUCUCGCGGUCUAGCCUUGUCUGAUUUCUGGACUUUCGUUUCGUUCUCCAGUCCCUUUCCCUACUAUCUACUUAGAUUUUUUCUGCCUCUGAUCUAAUCUGGCAGAGUAUAGACAGUUUGAAUUUUUAGCAUUUUCGCCAUGUCUUCGCUUGCUUCAUCUGGAACCUCCACAGGAGCCUCAACCUCGGCCUCCAUCAACAAGAAGGGCAAUGUUGCCACCUUGAACACCACCAAGUUGUCUGCCAUCGACACCUACGGAAAUCAGUUCAAUGUUCCCGACUACACCAUCAAGGACAUUUUAUCGGCCAUUCCUUCGCACUGCUACGAAAGAAGAUUGCUCGAGUCCUUCUACUACGUCUUCAGAGACAUCUUCGCCAUGGUCACUCUCGGCUACCUCGCCAACAACUACAUCCAGUUCUUGCCUAACGUCUUCCUCAGAACUGCAGCCUGGGCCGGUUACAUCUGGACCCAAGGUUUGUUUGGUACCGGUAUCUGGGUCUUGGCCCACGAGUGUGGACACCAGGCCUUCUCCGACUACGGCUGGGUCAACGACACCGUUGGCUGGGUGUUGCACUCAUACUUGUUGGUUCCUUACUUCUCAUGGAAGUACUCCCACUCCAAGCACCACAAGGCUACCGCUCACUUGACAAGAGACAUGGUGUUCGUUCCUAAGAACAAGGAAAGAUUCCUUUCUGCCAGAGGUGUCGAAGACUUGGAGGACUUGGUCGCUGACUCUCCUAUUUACACAUUGAUUUCGUUGUUUGUCCAACAAUCCGUAGGCUGGCUCGGUUACUUGGUCUCGAACGUGUCCGGUCAACCUUUGGAAGGUAUCUCCAAGUUCAACACUAACCACUUUAACCCUUCGUCUGUCCUCUUUGAAAGAAGAGACUACUGGUAUAUCGUCAUCUCCGACAUUGGUAUCUUGAUCCAGAUGACUGUUCUCUACACCUGGUACAAGAACUUCGGUGGCUUCAACAUCCUUGUCAACUACUUCUUGCCUUACUUGUUUGUUAACCACUGGUUGGUGUUCAUCACCUACUUGCAGCACUCCGACCCAAAGAUGCCUCACUACACUGCUGACCAAUGGACUUUCGCCAGAGGGGCUGCUGCCACCAUGGACCGUGAAUUCGGUUUUGUCGGUAAGCACAUUUUCCACGACAUCAUCGAAACCCACGUCUUGCAUCACUACGUCUCGAGAAUUCCAUUCUACAAUGGUAGAGAAGCCACUAUCGCUAUCAAGAAGGUCAUGGGUGAACACUACCAGUACAGUGACGAAAACAUGUGGAAAUCUUUGUGGAAAUCUGCCAGAGCCUGUCAGUUUGUUGACGGUGACAACGGUGUCAUGAUGUACAGAAACGUGAACGGCUUUGGCGUUGACCCAAAGAAGAAGAACUAAACCCCAAAAAUUUAAUUGCAACCAAUAAUUCAAAAUUUCGCAGCCAAGGGAAAUUUUGGAUUUUCUUUUUAUGGCUAGAUUCUCAUAGAUAGAUAUAUGAUUGAUUAUUUGUUUCACUUCUAUCGUCUAUAAAUUCACCUUAAAUUAUUUAUACAACUGAUCUAAUAGUCAUCUACUUACCGUAUGAAUGGGAUGCCUGUUCCUGUAACUUCUCGAUAUUUGAUAUAGUCCUGCUUGAAGAAUUGCACCAAGUAGAUCUCUUCAAAGACUAUUCUCUUCUUGAAAAAGCUGCCCAAGAUUACAGUACCGAGGAUUGUGACUAUCCAAUUAUUGAGAAACACUUGUAGCCCUACAAACCACCAGAAAAAUCCGAAAUAGCUUGGGUGCCUCAAAUAUCCGUAGAUACCGGUAGUUACCAACUUGUGAGAGUCUUGUUGAUUGCGUUGGAUAUAAUGGUUGAAAGAUUCACUGGCAGUAUACAUCGCGCCAGAACGACAGAAUUGUCCCACAAGUAGAGUAGCUAAUCCCACCAAAGUGGGUUUGGUCCACGAGUCGAUUUGGAAGUAGUAUACUCGGAUCAAGUACUCUAUUAUGGCUAGAACGGUCAUGGCGUGCAUUUCCAUAUCUUCCAAGAUGAACGAGUCGUCGUCUACCUGUGCGUUGUUAAACAUCACAGUGAAAACAAACUCGAGGAUGUGGAAUAGAGCGAGGAAUACGGCGUACCACGAGAGUUUGAUCCAUUUGGUCGAACCAUAGAGCACUAUCAAACAGAGGUUCGUAGAUAUCACUAUUCCAAGAAAGACUGAUUUGAGCGAAACAGUA